UGUCGCCUGCUUCAGCUGUGCAUUGAAUCUCUUCAUUGACCCUGCCAGACUGCGAACAUUGCUUUGGCUCAUACUCCAAUGUGAUAUUUUGUGGUCAAAAAUGAGCUCCCAGGCCACUUUGAACAGUCAGGUCAGAUUCGCCGAUUAUUUCGUCGUUUGCGGACUUGAUCUCAGCAGUGGGCUCGAGCUGGACGUGAUAUCAGGUGAAUCUCAACAGUCAUGUUCACCAAUCGAAAGAUCAUAUAAAUGCAAGGUUUUGGCUCACUUCCCUGAGAACUUGCCAUGGAAUCCUUUUGACCACCAAUCUGUGUGCAUGUUGAGUUUGCCUCAUGGUCUUCGUUUCCGAACGCAAAAACAAAACCACGAGUCGGAGUUUCACAGUUUCAUCAUUACAAAAGAAGAUGGGGCGCGGUGUUAUGGUUUCAGCCUGGUUUUCUUUGAAGAAGUGUCUGACAAGAAACUGUGCAGUGCCAUGCAAACCCUGCAGGCGAUGCAUCUCACAGAAUUGUCAAGUAGCAGACACAGUGGGCGGAUGAGGGCUUUUAACACAGACAACACGAGGUCGCUCCCCCGGCAUUUUAAGCUGUCAACACCGCUCUCUAAAGCUGCCCAAAGCUAUUACGACUCGGCCAAGGAUACAUUGUACUCGUCGAAAAGCUUAAGUCUCAUCUGCCAGCUGCCGUUUGUGCACGCUGCAAACAAGUUCCUGUCCGGACUGUACCAAUACAGUCUCAGCAGUGGCGAACUCAGCCUGGAGAGCUAUGUCUACAACAUUCUGCACCAGGUCCCUUUGCCCCUGCCUGGUCGUUGCCUCACAUUCAACUGCUUUGAUGAGCUGCUUUUGUUGCAACGACCUGGAAACAUUGCCGAGCUCCCUUUCUUCGACUUUUCGCUCAGAGCGUUUUUCGAGCUCUUGGGGGUCGACAUUGCCAUCCAGCUAUUCACAUGCUUACUGCUGGAACAUCAAGUCCUGCUUUACUCCUCAGUUUACCAACGGCUGAUGCUAGUGGCUGAGUGCUCUUCCAUCCUCUUAUUCCCGUUCUCCUGGCCUCAUGUCUAUGUUCCCAUCUUGCCAUCGUCACUGCAGCAUUUCUUGGACGCGCCAGUUCCAUUUGUCAUGGGUCUGCAUCAGUCAGCAACGUCUCACCCUUGCGCCAAUGUAGACAACCAGGCAAUUUGUCACGUCGACAUUGACAACAAGCGAAUUCAUCUCCCAGAAGAGUUGCCCCCUUUUCCUCAGAGAUCUGAUUUUAUUGGUGAAAUACUCGAGGUCAUGCAGAGAUAUGGCGUGGAGCCAGACAAAUGCAGGCCAGCUGGAGACAGACGCGGCGGCGGACUCCGGCGAAAGCUUUCGUGGUCGCAAGAAUCAGAGUCUGGACUUGUUUGUGUUGAAAAUGCAUUCAUGUCGAGCAGCCUUACCGGAUUUUUACCAUCACCAACUGCAGGUGUGAUGGGAAUGAGCAGGAGCGACUCGGAGAGCAACUCACUGAUGGUUCUUGACUGCCAAGGGUCUCCUCAGGAGCAAUACGCUGCAGAACUCCGCUUCAACAAUGCCAUCCGUGAAGUGUUUCUAAAUCGGUUUGUCCACAUUUUCUCAGCAUAUGAGCAUUUCGUCAUUCAUCCAAAUCAGGACAUGGAGCAAUGGUUAAACUGCCGCGAGUCAAUGCAGAACUUUGACAAGGCCACCUUUCUGUCAGAUCAACCAGAACAGCAAUUGCCUUUCCUCUCUAGAUUUAUAGAAACGCAAAUGUUUGCCACUCUAAUUGACCAAAAAAUACUCUCAGCUUGGCAACCUAUUGAGCCUUCCUUGCGCGUGUUUGACAAGCGCAUUAAACUGCUGAGGACAAGAUAUGGCGACAGUUUAGUGAGAACUCCGUGCUAUGAACCUUGCACAACAAUAACAGACUCCGAGCUGCUACUAGAAAAACGGCUCUCAGGCGCUGACACAAUGGCUCCGAUUCCAUCAGAGAUUUGCUCAAAUUCUUCCAACAGAGUGCCAACUGGAUUGUUUCCUGUGCUCAACAGAGACGCUCUUAACAAAGAGCCUUCCCACAGGAGUCGGCGCCGAAGCAGUGGACAGUGGAGAGAACGGUCGAUUCACUCGGCUGAAACUACGCCAACUUCUGAGGUGGCUCCCAGUUUUGCAGAACCUGUACAAAAUCAGGCUCCAGUUCUGAAUAAAACUGCUAAACAACCUAAAAUCACGGACAUGAGUCCGGCUGUCAUCGCGCAAACAAAUUGGAGUUUUGUCGAAAAACUGUUGAAGGAUUGCAAAGUAAAAACUAAAAGAAUGCUGGUUGAGAAAAUGGGUUCAGAAGCUGUCGAACUGGGCCAUGCUGAGCCGAGCAUCAUGGGCGUCGAAGAAAAUACUCUAGUGGCCAGUUUGUGCGAUUUGCUGGAAAGAGUCUGGUCGCACGGCCUUCACAAGAAGCAAGGCAAGUCAGCCUUGUGGUCCCAUUUGCUCAGUUUUCAAGAGCUUGAAGAGUGCAGCGACACGUCCAAACCGAUCAGCCCCAAUUUCCUGACGCCAGCCCUUGCAUGGUGCGUCUUAAGGAAAAGACUGGAUUAUUUGUCAUCCAUGGCUCUGGAAAGGGAGGAGCCGACCUCAGGAGGAUCCCACAGUGGUCGGAGCAGCGCUCGCAGCAGUCGCAGCAGCAGCAGGCGCCAGUCGCCUGAAAGGAGAGACCGAAGCAUUCACGAAGCCACCCUUCGCCCUCUUCCAGUCUCACUCACCUUUGAUAUGAGAAACGUUCUCGCCAUGACUGAUAUUAAAACUCAUAUUGGCUACGCAAGAGCUUGGGUCCGACUCGCUUUGGAGAAAAAGCUGCUUUCGAAACACUUACGAACUCUUCUGAUGGAUAGCUCAUUGUUGAAAACUCUGUACAAACGUUAUGCAUUCCUGCGAUGUGAUGACGAAAAAGAACAAUUCCUCUACCAUCUGCUGACUCUGAACGCUGUUGAUUACUACUGCUACACAAAUACUUAUACCAAUACAAAGCUACCGUACCGAAUUGUGAUAUUUCCCUCCAGAAAAUCUCCGCUGACAACUGCUAAUUUGUGGGUCAGCGUGACAGGCACCUUGGGAGAAACGAGCCAAAUUGCCGUGCCCCACGGAUUUCUGGAAUUUGUGUUCCAUCACAAAAACCUAGGUCUGUUGACUUCCAUGAGAGUAGGCCAUGACAAUUACGGCGCCUCUCCGAAGUUUUUGGUUGAGCACAUAGUAGCAAGAAAUGAGGUCACAGGGCACACUUUUAAAUUUCCCUGUGGCAAGUGGCUUGGUCGUGGAAUGGACGAUGGUUCAAUAGAAAGGCUUCUAGUGGGUGAAAUGGUGCCGAGACAUGUUGAUAGCGAAGAACUGAUAGAAUCUUGCAUGACGCCUCCAAGGUGUCGCAGCCCAAGCAUACCUAGGAGGUCCGUGGACCCUAAACUCUCCACCCCAGAUAUGCAGCAGAUGCUUGGCGAGACGGUGAAUUCCAUCGUAAAGCACUUUUUGCGGCCACGCAGAUCGCAAGACAAGGGCGGAUUAACCCAGCUUCUUUGUGGGGAAGGAGGGUUAGUGCCGUGCCUGGAGCAAACCUUCCUCCUUGGAUUCAAAUCUGCCCGACUCUUCGGGCGUAAUCUGUACCUUUGGGAUUUCUUUGCACGAGUGCGGGACCAAUUUGAAAUUAGUUUAGUGGACAGCUCGAAUUCUUCGUGCUUAGAGGAAGAGCAAGAAGCAGCUGCUGCCGUGAUGCGGCUCUACUGCAGGCUUGUCGAGGGAAUCGAGACGCAGGGAGAAGACCUCGGCAAGGAAGGCAAGCUGCAGCUGCUCAUUUGUUUGGCUGCAAGGGACCAUCUGCUGCACCGAAUGAUUCCGCACAUCGCGGCCACUAGGGCGUGCGCCGAAAUGUUUGAUGAAAACUCUUUCCUUAGAGAUGCUAGUCUUUGUUCGUUCCUCACGUUGAUUUUGGAAUCACUCGACGAGUUUGAUUUUAUACUAGAAAACUCACUCACCAAAGGAUUGCAAUUGUAACAACAAGACUGUCCUGGAAACAAUUAAAUUUUAACAGCAGCUUGCAUGCUAUUUUUAACAAGAUCUCAUAUUUAAAUGUACAUAUAGUCGUGAUUGUGACUACAGUCGGAACAAAUUAUUGAUUUAUAUAUGCGAAGAGAGAAUAGAAAAUAUGAAAUAAAAGGAUGGUUUGUUAUAUA